AUGUUUUCGGCUGCCCUUACCUUUGAAUCCAAAUGGACGCCUGUCAAGAGGCUCAAUGUCGUCAGAGACAGCAUGCCGGAAGAGGUGGAUGCAAACUUUUUGCGUGCCUUGGUGUGCUUCAACAACGUGAAGUUGCCAGAUGAUGAAGCAUUGCAGCAAGACAAUACAGCCACCUCGGCCAUGCGAGUGAAGCGAUCCUUUGAUUGCCUUUUGUCGAAGUCGGGCACAUCUCCUUUCCAAGUGAAACUUCGCAUGGCUGGCCCGGCUUCGGUUAUCAACUGGAUGUUCCAGGGCCGCACCGGACAAAUCCAUCAAGUGGUCUUGGCCCAGACAGAGCACAUCGGAGAGUGGAGUGUUCUCUGGCAUGUCCCCGUGGAUGCAGCGCCAAGGCUCAAUGUCGUCAGAGACAGCAUGCCGGAAGAGGCACGUAGCUCCACAGCUUGGAUGAACACUUUGCCGGCAUCAUCCGAUGUCGCAGCCACCGAAUUGGACGAAGCCCUUCGGGCAUUCAAGAAAGGGGAAUUUGUGAUGGUCAUGGACAGUGAUGACCGUGAGGAUGAAUGCGAUUUGAUUUUGCCAGCGGAGUCUGUGACUGCUGCACAAAUGGCAUUCGCUAUUCGACAUACGACUGGAAUUGUUUGUGUUGUCGCAGACAAGGACAGGUUAGAGCACUUUGGUUUACAUCCAGCGACUGCAACAAACACGGAUGCGAACGCGACCAAUUUCUACGUUUCGACAGAUUUCCUCCCAGGAACCUCAACUGGAGUAUCGGCAGCUGAUCGGGCGAUCACAGCAAGGGCCUUGUGUGACCUCAAUCACCAGAGUCAGGACUUCUCCAAACCAGGGCAUCUUUUUCCUUUGUGUGCUAGACCUGGUGGAGUUCUUGAACGCCCAGGACACACCGAAUCCACUUUCGACUUCUGCCGCCUGGCUGGCGUAACACCUGUUGGUGUUCUGGCAGAGUUGAUGCACGAUGACGGCACAAUGUACCGCCGCGAUGACAGCCUGGAGUUUGCCAGAGUGCAUAGCAUCCCAAUCGUGACUGUGCAGCAGAUCAUUAAGUACAGACAGCAGAAUGGGAUCAGAGCUCCAGCAUCAGUCUUCGAGGCGGGACUGGCCGUCAAGGGCAGUGCUAGCAGCACUGCUGUGAUGGCAUCCUCUUGCGAUGCAAGGCCAGACUCCAGGUCAAAGCUUUGA